AUGAGGCUGGCACCUCCAGUCAAUGCAGGAGUGAACCAGCUCUCUGAUGUAGACACAGAGCUCAGAAAAGGCCCCAAUGGGAGGACCUUAGGAGACUCCCGUGUCCCCUCCUCAGAUGCCCACGGAGGGUCCCUGGCUCAGUAUAGUGGAUACAGGCUGACAGUGCAGAUGCCUGUGACCGUGCAGGAGGGCCUGUGUGUGUUUGUGCCCUGCACCUUCACUUACCCGGGGAGCUACUGGAAUACUCCUCCCCCUGCAUAUGGCUACUGGUUCCAGGAAGGAGCUAAUGUACACCAGGAUGCUGCUGUGGCCACAAACAACCCGGCUCGUAAAGUGCAGGAGGAGACCCAGGGCCGAUUCCACCUCCUUGGUGAUCCCAGGACCAAAAAUUGCUCCCUGGACAUCAGAGACGCCAGGAGGACCGAUGGCGGAGUUUACUUUUUUCGGGUGGAGAGAGGAAGUUCUGCUUCAUAUUCAUACAGACAGAAAAGGCUCUCCGUGACAGUGACAGCCCUCAACCACACACCCUACAUCCUCAUCCCGGGGACCCUGGAGUGCGGCCGCCCCAGGAACCUGACCUGCUCUGUGCCCUGU